AAUUCCCAUGAUAGCAUCCAUGGUGGAAGACAUAUAAAAGCAGUUCCUAAGUCCUCUUUGCUUUUUUGCGCCGAAUUGGAGUUCAAGAGAGGAGUCCAUCAUCAUUGCUAGCAUAGCAGUGGCACAUCACAUGCAAACAAUACAGAAGAAAAGCCAAAAAAAAGAAAACCCAGAACCAAGAAAUUAAAGAGAAUGGAGAUGGAACAGCUUCUGAGUAUGGGAUUCCCAUACGAGUUAGCCGCCCAAGCCCUCGCUGCCACCGGCGGCAAAUCCACCCUCAAAGCCACCGAAUGGAUUCUCCACCACCACAAACCCCCUUCCUCCUCCACCAUGCCCUCUUCCAACCCCACCAACCCAAACCCAAACCCAAACCCGAACCCGAACGCAAACCCAAACCCGAGCCCAUCCCCAUCUUCAUCUGGUCGUCCAUUCCAGCCAAAGCUCGAUCGCUUCUUCCACUUUCACUCCAAACCCCCCUCCAUUGAUUCUCCUCCUUCUCCCACUCCCACUACAUCUGCUCCUCCUCCUCCUCCUCCUCACCCAAUCGAACACGACGACGCCCCUUACGACGACGUUUCAGCCCCUUCUCCUCCUCUCUCCAAGCGUCCCAAGCUCUCAAUUCCUCCUUCCAAAUCCGCUAACAAACCCUUCAACUCCCACCAGCUUUUGUCCGAGCGCAUGCGGCCCCGGACCCUCGACGACGUCGUUGGGCAAGACCAUCUUCUGGGACCCAAUUCUUUGCUCCGUUCCGCCAUUGAAAGCGAUCGUCUUCCUUCAAUUGUUCUCUGGGGUCCACCUGGUACUGGGAAAACCUCCAUUGCCAAAGCCAUCCUCAAUUCCUCUCCCAAACCCUCUUCUUAUCGAUUCGUCUCGCUUUCUGCUGUUACUUGUGGGGUUAAGGAUGUGAGGGAGGUUGUUGAUGAAGCUCGAAAAGCUCGAAACAACAACGCCAGUGGCUUUGGCAACAAGGGGAAGAGAACUGUGCUUUUUGUUGAUGAGGUUCAUAGGUUUAACAAGUCCCAGCAAGAUUCAUUCUUGCCCAUCAUUGAAGAUGGUAGCAUUGUGUUCAUGGGGGCCACCACUGAGAACCCAUCAUUCCAUUUGAUCACGCCGUUGCUGUCUCGUUGCCGGGUUCUUGUUCUUCACCCUUUGAAGCCUCAUCAUCUUGCUUUGCUCCUCAGGCGGGCAGUUGAUGAUUCUGUUCAUGGAUUGAACGGCAGUGUGGGGAUUCCGGUUCGUGUCGAUGAGGAGGCUGUAGAAUUCAUUUCCGCCAAUUGCGAUGGUGAUGCUCGUGUGGCACUCAAUGCGCUGGAGAUUUCAGCCACCACAGCAGCUGCCCGGGUGAGCAGAGAGGCUGCUUCAACGCAGUCGGAGUCGGAAAAUGCGGCCGUGGCUGUUGUGAAUGUGGAGGAUGCCAAGGAGGCAUUGCAGUGUAAGCAUCUUGCGUAUGACAAAGCUGGGGAGGAACACUAUAAUCUGAUCAGUGCACUUCAUAAGUCCAUGAGAGGGAGUGAUGGUGAUGCUGCAAUUUAUUGGUUGGCAAGAAUGUUGGAAGGAGGUGAAGAACCUCUAUACAUUGCUAGAAGGCUCAUUCGGUUUGCGAGUGAAGAUGUUGGGUUGGCUGAUCCUUUGGCUCUAAACCAGGCUGUGGCUUGCUACCAAGCUUGCCAUUUUCUGGGAAUGCCCGAGUGCAAUGUGAUUCUUGCACAGUGCGUGGCUUAUUUGGCUUUGGCACCAAAAUCUAUCUCUGUAUACCGAGCCAUGGAGGCUGCACAGAAGGUGGUAAGGGACUCAGUUGGACAGAAUGAAGGGGUGCCUUUGCACUUAAGGAAUGCUCCUACAAAGCUAAUGAAGGAAAUUGGGUAUGGCAAGGGCUAUAUUUACACUCCUGACAAUCCGGAUGCCACACAGAGCUAUCUACCAUUGUCGCUUCAAGGGCUCAAGUUUUUGGAUUGGCCAAAGAAUGAUGGUAGUAAUAGAUGAUAACUUACUGAAUUGCUGUAUGGAGUUUUUGAGGCUAGUAAGCUAUGCUGGUUAGGCACUCAACUUUUUCCUUUUUGCAAGUGGUAUAUAGUUAGUACUUGCUUUCUUGAUAGAAUUGGGCAGUACUUCUGUUCAUAUUUAUACACCGCAGUUUGUUUUGAAUAGCUUUUUAUGGUCAUAUGGAAAACGAUAGAACGACUGAAGAAAUAUAGUAUUUAUAUAUUGUGCUUGUAAAAUGAUAAAGUUCCGGGCUAGUUUUAGUCCAAUUUUGUAAUACUUGUGUAUUCCUGUUGGACCGCACAUGUUCAAUAGUUAACUCCUCAAAAGGAAAUGCUUUUGAUUUUA